UGCUGUCAUGACAGCAACUUGAAUAGUGUCGUGUGAAGAACGAGGAAUUUUCUUUGCCAUAUAAAUAGUAAGUUUUACAAAUGCCUGUCGAGGAAGGAAAAUUUGAUCCUGUGCUGUUUUCACUGGCAGAACAACACCCCGGUGGUGUCCCAGAUCUGCUAGCUACGGUAGCCGGUUUUCUGAAUAGAAAAACGGAUUUUUUCGUUGGUGGUGAGGAAGGUGAAUGGGAGAAGCUUGUGCUGAAAAUAUUCCGUAAGGAAGCAGACCUAGCAAAGGAAGUUGCACGCAAGAAGCGUGAGGAACGUGAGGCAUCUGAACGCAGAAGAGCAGAAGCCCGGAAGAAGAAAGAGGAGGAGGAGAAACUGAAACAACAGGAAGAGAACCCAACGGCGGCCAUCACGGAACUUACGGAUGCCGAAGCGGAAAAAAUGAUGAAUGAUAUGAAGCAGGAAAAAGAAGCUAAGCCCGAAGGGUUGAAGGACGAAACCGUGUCAGAGUCAGAAAAGUCCGAGGCGAAGGAUGAUGACGAAGAGCCCGAAGAUAAGGGCAAAAUCAAACCUAAUCCAGGCAAUGGCUGUGAUUUGGAACAUUAUAAGUGGACUCAAACAUUACAGGAAAUUGAACUUAAGGUACCAUUUGACGUGAAAUUCACAAUGAAGGCCAAGGAUGUCGUAGUAAACAUGCAACGAAAAUCGUUGAAAGUUGGUCUGAAGGGACAUCCACCCGUUAUAGAUGGAGAGCUAUUUGCUGAGAUAAAAGUUGAGGAAUCAUUGUGGCAUUUGGAUAAAAAUACCGUCGUUGUAACGUUGGAUAAAGUUAACCAGAUGGGUUGGUGGGAAAAACUUGUCUUAUCGGAUGCUCCCAUAAAUACUCGUAAGAUAAAUCCCGAAUCGUCUAAGUUGUCCGAUUUGGAUGAUUCUACACGGGGAAUGGUAGAAAAAAUGAUGUUCGAUCAGCGACAAAAGGAACGGGGACUGCCGACUAGCGACGAGCAGAAAAAGCAGGAUAUGUUGAAAAAGUUUAUGGAGCAGCAUCCGGAAAUGGAUUUUUCGAAAUGCAAGUUUAACUAGGCAACUUGUUUGCACCUACCAUAGACAUAUAGAUAUAUGAAGUUCUCCUCGAUUACGCUAAUUAUUUUAGUUUACGUUCAAGUGCUUCUCCAAUAAUUUACGAAUUGUAAAAUUUUGGGUAGCUAUCACGACAUAUAGGUUCGAAAAAUAUAUUACGAUUAUCCAAAUUCGGGCGAUAUCACUUCAGAUCAACGCUACUGGUCACAGUGAUGAGUCCAUACAGGAAAAAAAAUCCAAAUUCGUCUUAUGACCGUGUAACAUUUUACAUAUAAACAUAUAAACUUUCGUUUAAGUAAACCAUACCGUUUUGCGAGUUUACAAAUUAUACAAUUGGGAAAAUUUUCGUCAGAAACCACGAUUUUCGAAGACUGUUUACUUCGCUUCGGUUUAAGAUCAUGCGCCUGUGGAACUUGUACGGUAUGAUUUUAAGCUCAUUUUUCAAUAUGCAUUGGAUUGGAUUGGAAUAUUUACAAUUCUUUAGCUACUUCGUCGUGGAUUUUCCUCAAGUAGAU